ACGAGAGGUGAGCACAGUACAGUAGGUGUUACAACUACAGGUUCUUGUAAAACUUUGGAAAAUUGCGGUUAUACAAACCCUGGUGACGAGUACCCUCGCAAUGUCGUCGAGCUUUUUUUCUACCAUUUCGGCUGUCCUGGAGCUCUGAUGCGGUAUUCCCGGAAUGAACAGUACGGGAUUCGCGCAUACGCCAGAAUGGCGCAAAAACGUCGUUCCCAAUACAGCGACAAAAAUUUCGCGGUACAUACAGCCACUGCUUUUUCCUCUCCGUCUCCCGUGGAGCCUACAUCACACCCUCAGGAGCAAGUAGGAGAGGUCUUCGAUAGCUAUAAUCCUAAUCCUUGGGGCUUGCCCCCGUGGGGAGGAUUUGAAAUCUCGGGAGGAAAUUUUCGGAAAACCGACGGUGACAAAGCGUUGGACCUAUUGGAAGAUAUAAAUAUUACCUUAAAGCUCUAUAUUGAACACCGCUGCUCGGAGAAUGCCAUAUUAAAGUAACAUGAUGACUCAUAACUUUUCGUUGUAAUUAAUACAAUCUUCAAUCUUACUAAUCAGAUUCAGAUCAAUCAGAUGUGCUUUAUAUAAAGUAACACCGCUCGUCCUCUCCCUCCCUUGGAGGUCACAUUUAUAUUUGAAGUAGGGGGC